GAUGUCAGAUCCUGGGAGUCCAAGCACCCAGUCUCCGGGUGCCUUAGUGCUCCUCCUACUGCUACCAGGCCAAGCCCGCUUGCGGGUCUCCGAGUAGCGCAGGCGCCUUCCAGCGUCCGCGCCUGCGUACUCGGCGACCUCCCGCCCGCACCAUGAAGGUACUCCGGCGCGCUUGGCGGCGCCGGGUGGUGCUGGCCCUAAGCGGCCUAGCGUUUUGCAGCACCACUCUGUUGUAUUUAGCGCGCUGUGCUUCCGAGGGCGAGACUCCAGCAGCCGCUGGAGCCGCUCAACCCCGCGCUAAGGCCUUCCUGGCAGUGCUGGUGGCUAGUGCGCCCCGCGCGGUUGAGCGCCGCAGCGCGGUGCGCAGCACGUGGCUGGCACCGGGAAGGCGCGGCGGCCCUAAGGAUGUGUGGGCGCGCUUUGCUGUGGGCACCAGUGGCCUGAGCUCAGAGGAGCGGCGUACGCUUGAGCUCGAGCAAGCACAGCACGGGGACCUGCUGCUGCUGCCCUCCCUGCGCGAUGCCUAUGAGAACCUCACGACCAAGGUCCUAGCCAUGUUGACUUGGCUGGACGAGCACGUGGACUUCGAGUUCGUGCUCAAGGCAGAUGACGACUCCUUUGCGCGCCUGGAUGCCUUACUGGCGGAGCUACGCGCACGUGAGCCUGCACGCCGCCGUCGCCUCUACUGGGGCUUCUUUUCUGGGCGUGGACGAGUCAAGCCUGGAGGUCGCUGGCGAGAAGCUGCCUGGCAACUCUGCGACUACUACCUGCCCUAUGCUCUGGGCGGUGGAUACAUCCUCUCUUCGGACCUGGUGCAUUACCUGCGCCUCAGCCGUGAAUACCUACGGGCGUGGCACAGUGAAGAUGUAUCGCUGGGCGCCUGGCUGGCACCAGUUGAUGUGCAGCGGGAGCAUGACCCACGCUUUGACACAGAGUACAAAUCUCGGGGCUGCAACAAUCAGUAUCUGGUGACACACAAACAGAGCCCGGAGGACAUGCUGGAGAAGCAACAGAUGCUGCUUCACGAGGGCCGAUUGUGCAAGCAAGAGGUGCAAUUGCGCCUCUCCUAUGUCUAUGAUUGGUCAGCGCCACCCUCCCAGUGCUGCCAGCGCAAGGAGGGUAUUCCCUGAUUUCAUUGCAUGUGCUGUAACCUCUUCGGACAUAGGCCAAGCUGCCUGGACAAUCUAGCCAAUUGUCUGGGGUGAGCUGGUUUAUCCAAUUACUGUUGAGGCCUUGAGUCCUCAAUCUAUUUACUGAUGGCCAGAGGCAGCUAACAACAUCCAGUUAGUGCCCUGGAGAGUGUGUUCAUUAGUGGUCUUGUGUAAGGCCUGCCCAGGGGCAUCUGGUUAUGGGUUUGUAGGUUGCAUCUGUAACCACACACACACAUCCAGCCAGAGUAAUGCUACCUAUCAGCCAAGUGGGGUGUGAGGGUAGAGGGCUUCCUCACUUGAUGCGUUUAUAAUAUGGAUUUCUGCCCCUACUUGCACUAUGCAGCUCACUGCCGGUCUAGAAUGAUCUGCACAACCCUGUCCACAGACUGCCCUGCAGACUGUUCAAUUCAUCUGUAUAUUGCCAUCAAAAUGUUACUUGCCAAAAUUGCCAUUGUAUUGUUUGGACAAAGUUCCAUCAUGUUGUUACUCCUGUUUUUAUCCUUUGUU